ACGGAAAUACGUCACCAAAAAACAACAUCCAUGAACGAAAGUUCGCUCAUCAAUAACUAAAAUAUUUAUUUUGUAUAUCUAGAAAUAUAUAUAUAUAUAUAUAUUCGGCGACCCCCUAGCGCCCCCUUUUGGCCAGCCGUCAUUGUUUGCUGUACAAAUAGUUUUCCUAGCGCGAAUAGCAAGUUACGUUGCUCCCAUUUUCCUAUAUUCGGCAGAAAUGCUUACUGCUGUUCGCUGUGUGCUAGCCAAGCUGGUUUCUCCAUUUUGGAGAACGGCUGAAAAAGGUGGCGAGGUCAUCUUCACAGAAAGCCCUGGCACAGAGGACAUUCGCCACCUGCGGGGCAGUGUGGUGACGCAGCUGUGUUUGGACUACGGCAUGAUAGACGAUGCUAUCUACUUUACAAGUAGUGAGGUUCUGGGCGGGAUGCCACUGAAAGAGGGAGACCUGGUGAACUGCAUCGCAGUGAGACGUGGUGCCGAGAGUGGAUGGAAGGCUCUAAGAGUGGAGAGGAGUGCAGAUGCCUGGGAUGAUGGAGGAAGAACCUCCCUAGAAGCGGACAUUAUGCAGCUGCGCCCUCUUGUAGGAACUGUCACAUCAUUUGACGGUGAUGGUGGCUACAUCAAUCAGACCACGUACUUCACACGUUACAGCCUUUCAGAAGGUUAUGAGCCAAUGAAAGGCGACUGGGUCCAAGCAGAGUUUUACAUCAACCCCAGCCAGUGGACCACCCAAGCUCAUUCUGUUGCUCCAUUACGCUAUAGUCGCCUAGACCAGGUGCGUGUGACCAGUGUGUAUAAAAACGGUGGAGUGGUGGAGGACAGCUUUUUCUUCAGCUUGGACUCUCUGCUGCUGCCAGCCCAGUACAAGCCGUCACUGGGGGACCUCGUCAACUUGGUAAUAGUGGAGAGCUGUCAGUCCUUAUACUGCUGGAGGGCCCUUUGCAUGGCACCCUGCCGUCAGAGCUGCAGUAUGAAUUUACCCACUACACCGGUUGCUGAACUCGAGCACCUCUUGGAAAACAAAGGAGGGCUUGUUGUAUCAGAUUAUGGGCAGUUUGGGGACCUGAUGCUCGGGGAGAGAUGCGAACUGGUGCUGUGGAUACAAAAUGAAGGCUCUCAGUCUCAAAUACUGAAAUGCUGUGACUUUGCUGGGUGGGACUCUGAAGAGCAGUUCACGCUGGUCACUGCCAGCAUCAGAAAGUCAUCGGAAAAACAAGUUGGAGAUGCAAAGGAGGUAGACGGAGAAAAUGUUGCAAUACAGACAGACGCGGCACAAUCGCCUGGUGCAAGAAAGGACACGGGGGAGGUGGAAAUAUCACCUGGAGGAAGAGUGUCUGUUGUAGUAGCCUGCAAAGCUAAGAGCCUUGGAUGCUGUACCGAGCUGCUGUUGCUGCAUUUCUCUUCUUUCACCAUUGGGAGGCGUCUGGUGGUCACAGUGGGCAGUGAGGAUGAAAACCUGCUGAAGCCCUCUGAGGUCUAUUGUCCCAGUACUGACAAGCUGCUCCCGAAAGCCCCCUCACAUGUGGUCACCGUAUCUGCUCCAAAAGGUGCACCAAGGCUCAGUAAGCGAUUGAUGCCAAACUUCCUGCAAUGCUUUCCGGUGCCCAAGGCCCUGAGAGACUGUGUGGAGUCACAGAAAGAUGUGCUGGUUGUUCAGCCCUGCUUAGGAGAGGUUCUCUCACCAUCCAACGUGCAUUCACGAUUCUCAACCCUUCUCUGGCUUGAAGAGCUGAACGCAGAAAGAGAAGUGAGAGAAUUCACCAUCAGUGGAGCUCUUCUCCGCAAAGGAGGCGUCUACCUGCACCUGGAGGUGCUUGGGUUGGCUGAAGGCAGACCUAACCUUAAUAUAGGGGACAGGGUUUCACUAAAGAGGCUACACAAUGAUGGCAUGGCGAUGGAGUAUGUCAGUUACGUCGCUGAGAUUAAUGAGGAGGAUGUGAGUUUGAGAGUGAAUUCAGACUUUCACCAUAGCUACCUCGGCGAGCCACUUAAUGUUGAGUUCACUUACAACAGGUUAACCAUGAGGAGAUGUCACAACGCUCUUGAACUGACAAAACAUUUUGGGGAGAUUAUCUUCCCCUCCAGAGUGACAUCUCAGACCCUUCAGUGGACUGGAGCUUGGAUGGAUGAGAGUUCGGCAACUGAAAAUGAAAAAUUGUGGAGCACGUGUGUUGACAUGAAGUCGAAGGCCACACAGACUAAAGAAGGACAACAAACCUCCAAACCGAUCCCCAACCAAGGGCAGUUUUUUAACCCAGAUCUCAACCCAUGUCAGAAGGAGGCGGUGAAAAGGAUCCUGGAAGGAGAAUGUCGACCUGCUCCUUAUGUGUUGUUUGGACCUCCAGGAACCGGAAAGACCAUCACUCUCAUUGAAGCCAUACUCCAGGUCUACCACUUUCUGCCCAGCAGUCGGGUGCUUGUAUGUACUCCAUCCAACAGUGCUGCUGACCUCAUCUGUGUUCGCCUACAUCACAGUGGCUUUCUACAUACUGCAAGCUUGGCCCGUGUUAACGCCUCCUGUAGGGAGCACAAGUCUAUUCCCGAAGUGUUGCAUCCUUACUCACGGGCUGGAGAAGACAUCCGUCAUGCUGCUUUCCACAGGAUUGUGGUCAGCACCUGCUCCAGUGCUGGCAUGUUUCAUAAUGUUGGAUUACAAGUGGGACAUUUUACCCAUGUGUUUCUGGAUGAAGCUGGCCAAGCCACUGAGCCCGAGUCUCUGAUCCCCAUCAGCUUCAUCUCCGAGAGAGAUGGACAGAUAGUGCUGGCUGGAGACCCAUGCCAGCUGGGUCCCAUAGUGAAGUCCAAGCUCGCCAUGGCCUUUGGGCUGGGGGUGUCUUUGUUGGAGAGGCUGAUGGCCAACCCACUGUACACCAAACAGGACUGGGGAUAUAACCCUAAACUGGUGACUAAGUUAAUCUACAACUAUCGUUCCCAUGGGGCCCUGCUUGCUCUGCCCUCCAAGCUCUUCUACCUGGGAGAGCUGUGCUUUCAAGCUCAGAGGGAUAUUGUGGACUCUCUCUGCCAGUGGAAAAACUUGCCAAAAAAAGACUUCCCCCUUCUUUUUCAUGGUGUCAGGGGUACAGAAAUGAGAGAAGGCAACAACCCAUCAUGGUUCAACCCAGUGGAGGCUGUGCAGGUGAUGCUCUACUGCUGCCAGUUGGCAAAGAAGCUCUACAACCCUGUGCAUCCCUCUGACAUUGGCAUCAUUGCUCCCUACAGAAAACAGUGUGAGAAGAUUCGAGUGCUGCUGUGUAAAGUGGGCUUGUCUGACAUCAAAGUGGGUUCAGUGGAGGAGUUCCAAGGACAAGAGUUUCUGGUCAUCAUCUUGUCAACGGUGCGCUCUAAUGAAUCAGUGGGAAGUGAUGAUUUACAGAGUUCGCUUGGUUUUCUAGCCAAUCCGAAACGCUUCAACGUGGCUGUUACUCGUCCCAAAGCUCUGCUAAUAACAGUCGGAAACCCCCACAUUCUCAUCAAGGAUCAGUGCUUUAGGGCUCUGCUGCAGUACUGUUUCAACAAUGGGGCGUACCUGGGCUGUGACCCUCCUCAAUUCCUGAGGGAUUCCCAGAUGUGUGUAAACUGACGUCAGGACAUCACAAACCUAUUUUAGGAUGAACCCUCACUGCAGAGAACCAAAGAAGUGCUUAAGAGGAACAUGGCGUCACUGAUGGCAAUUCUUCUGUUUCCUUUAUAUUGCUUUGGCUUUUUCUGUGUUGACUGUUGUUAAACUUGGUCCUAACCGAUUGAGGAGAAACGUUCGAUUUUGCCUUGAGUUGUAAAAUAAAGAUUACGUGUGUUA